AUGAGACCCGGAAUCGGCUUUGAAAAUGCAGAAUCUCGUCCCCGCAAGUUGUCAAAUGCCGAGUCACCCUCGUUAACUAGUGACCGCUACAACGCACCUCCUACCACUUUCUUUCUCUCGCGAGAUCCUGAUGCUUCUAUAUCACCGCCUGAGCGAAGUGCGGGAGCGACCUCGUCUCCACCGGCCGUGAGCAGUCUGCAAGAUGCCAUUCAAGAGGGGGAUCGGACGCUGAAGCAUACAGCGCCGCCUCGACCAGCGGAAGUAAGAAGCGGGAGUCGGCGAAGAUCUACGAUCAAGCCCGGGAGCUGUGAACUAUUUCGAAGAGGGUCUUCGACCGCCAGUACCGAACCAGUUCAACCACCGCCCGACCGAGGAAUCACUCCGUCACCUCUCGCCUCUCGUGAUGUUUCCCUGCCGAGCAGCCCUAAAUCGGUCUCUUCCAGGUCCCUCCAGAAAUCCGAUGAUGAAUUCACGAACGAGGAAACGGGUAGCCAAGCCGUGGUGUCAAGCGAAGAAGACGAGGGGGAUGUGCCGGCUGUGGUUCAGGACAGUCAACCCGAGCUUAUCAUGCCGAGUAUCAAAAUGCCGAGUCGAAGGCCCUUUACACCACGAGGAAAGCGAUUGGGAAGGUUCAAGAUCAUGGUAGCGGGGCGCAAAGGUGUGGGCAAAACUUCGCUUAUCAAGUCAAUUGUCCAGCUCUGCGAAGACAUCGUCCAUGUCGACCCAGUGCCAUCGAAUUCCGCCCGGGCUUCUCAACGCGAUUCCCCCGGAUUAUUGGAGCUGGUCAAUGAAGUCUAUGCCAGUACCAAACCGUACCCGGCCUGGUGGUCCAAUGUCGAGGAAAGUCGGAUCCUGAGACGGAGGAAGAGUAUGGGAGACUUGGUAUUGGAGAGGAAUAUCUGUUUCGUGGAUACGUCGGACUCGGUCAAACUGGAGAAGAUCAUUCACUAUGCAGAACAGCAGCUUAUCAGUGCCAUGACCUCGGUAGGGCAGCUCACCAACGAGUUCUCGGGACUGCUCAGCGGGCGAGGAUCGUCGCAGGUGGACGUUAUACUGUAUUUGAUGUCGAAAGACGACAUCAAGGAGGACUGCGAACGGAUUCGACAUCUGUCUGAACUAUGCAACAUCAUUCCGCUGGUGGCCAAAUCCGAUCUUCUGAGUACAGAGGAGCAGGAACAAAUCAAACAGGCCCUUGAUGUCGGAAUUACGUCUCUACCUCGACUGCCUACAUCUCUCUCCUCCGAAGCAGAGCCCAAAGCGAUGGCCACGGCACCAUACACCGUGACGUCGACGAAUGGACCGGAUCUGGAUACGAUGGAUGCGUCUUUGCUGAUGUCGCCCGAGUACAUUCAACCUCUCCUGCCUUCGGAACUCGGCCUUCUGGUGGAACAAAUAUUCGAGCCGGAGACGGUCGCAUAUCUGCGGCACACGUCAGCACGCAAAUUGGUCGCCUGGCACGCGGCGCACCCCAAGUUGACCUCAAUUCCAUCCCCAUCGCUUCCCUCGGUGCACAACUCGACUCUGGCCUCGCCGCUGCAGACGUCUCUGAGCAACUCGGGCGUGUUGAUACCGGCGGGAUCAGAAGUGUCGCUCAACACGUCGAAUAGCUGGGCCUUGGCCAAAGUGGCAGACCACACACAACGGGAAGAGCGACUGGCCCAAGUGCGGUUGUCCAAGUGGGCGAGUGAGUUGCAACUCAGCCUGCAGCGUGAAAGGGAAAGGUAUGAGAGAUUGGCACGAGGAGAGCGAGCACUGUGGUUGGUGGAGAGAAUGGGAGAAGAAGUACGCGACGGCCGGAUUUUGCCGCAUGACCAUUCGCAUGCCCUGGUGCCCAAAGGAGGCAAGUCGGGCCUGGGAUUCGGUGAGGUGCCGAGCUAUCAGAUGCAUGACCCAUUGGGACUGCUCCGAUGGCAAGACAACAUGCGAACUCGCGGUUGGAUUGCGCUGCAGAUUGUGGGCAGUUUCGGGGUGGUCGGUGGGCUUGCAUUCUGGCUCGCGAAGACAUGGGGCUUGACCGCUACGAUCAAUGACUGGGCGCAAGGCUGGCACGGAACCUGGUUUGGGCAUGACUGA